UCUCUCUCUCUCUCUCUCUCUCUGCAGUGAGUCUCUCCCCCGCUGCUGUCACAAACCGUAAAGUCAGACAGCCGGUGGUCGCUUUCUGACCGUUUUAACGUCGCCGUUAUCUCACCGUGUCGGCCCGUUAACGGACCCUUACGUUUCUCUCCCGGCAGCUGAAGACCCCGCGGCGGCAAAAUGGGAAAUGAAGCCAGUUAUGCCCUGGACAUGUGCUCGCACUUUGAUGCUGAUGAGAUCAAGAGGCUAGGAAAGAGAUUUAAGAAACUGGACCUGGAUAACUCCGGGUCCCUGAGCGUGGAGGAGUUUAUGUCCUUACCGGAGCUCCAGCAGAAUCCCCUCGUGCAGCGAGUCAUCGACAUAUUCGACACAGACGGGAACGGAGAAGUGGACUUCAAAGAGUUUAUUGAAGGCGUCUCCCAGUUCAGCGUCAAAGGUGAUAAGGAGCAGAAGUUGCGCUUUGCCUUCAGGAUCUACGACAUGGACAAAGACGGCUACAUCUCCAACGGGGAGCUCUUCCAGGUCCUCAAGAUGAUGGUGGGCAACAACCUGAAGGACACCCAGCUCCAACAGAUCGUCGACAAAACCAUCAUCAACGCAGACAAAGACGGAGACGGCAGGAUAUCCUUCGAGGAGUUCUGUGCGGUGGUGGGUGGAUUAGACAUUCACAAAAAGAUGGUGGUGGACGUGUGACAACCUCCUGCUCUCGCUGCAUUUACUGAAGUUCUGCUUGAAGACGUCGUCCAGCUUAACACUCUGUUUGUUUUCAACAGAAGUAUUUCUCUGUGAAAAAUCCCCCCCUCUCCCUCCGUCCUCACCCUCACCCCCUCCCUCUUCCUCCCCCCCCCCCCUCUGAAGCCAAACUCCCACCAAGUAUUACCUACAGCACAGGAACUCUCAGUGACUCGACGUCGCACUUAAACAGCAGACGGACGGCUUUUUAACGCAGAGCGACGGUCUCAGUUUGGUGGAGGAAAGCUGGAGUGUGUGUGUGUCUGUGCGCGUCCUUGAGUGUGUGUGUGCGUGCGUGUGUGUUCUGUAUGUUUUACUGGUUUUUUCAAGGUAUGUGGGUUUUUUAUAUUUAUUUUGGUGUCAUAGUUUUCGUUUGGAGAAUCAGAGGAAGUCUAUCUUAAAGUAACCUUUAGUGGACGAGUGUGUUUUCGCCGUGACGUUACUUGAUUUCAUGAGCAGAGCAUGAAGUGCCAACACAACAUUUAUUGACAUGCAGUUGACUUACAGGUGAAAUCUGUGUCUUUCUUUUAGAGAUGUAACCGUAUUAUUGAAUGCAUUUAUCUUACUGGAGUGUUGCAUUAUUUACACUUGAAGAUCAGCUUUGUUUUUCACGUCACGUUUGGAGAAUCUUUGGUCAGGAUUAGACGGUGCACAGCAUGUUUUUUUAAACGACAGACGUACAAACACGCAGGAAGUGAAAGAUCAUUUUCCCCGUCGUCAGCACUUCUGUGUCAUUAAGCUCCGAGUCCGAUUUGUAUUGAACACUUGGACGUUGAUGUAAACAUUAUUUAGAGGUCACAAAGCGCUUGAUGACACAUUAGAAACUGAAACGGUUCGUUCAGACCAAAAGUGAAGGCGGGUUUUAAACACGCCGAGUCACUGCAGAGAAGCCCGUUUAAGUACACGCCGCCUGCUUUCCUUUUUAUUAACGGUAGAUUAACUUCUUCAUCUCUUUCAUCGCUACUGCGUCGUUAUAUUUGAGUCCAACUGUAAAAUAUAUAUAUAUGUACACAUUGGUGAGAACCCAAAGUGACUCCAGGAGUCUAAAACCCCCAAAAAGAUGAUUGAAGGACCUGGUCCUGAUCCUAGCUAACAGGUCAUCAGACUGGGACCUGGUACUGAUCCUAGCUAACAGGUCAUCAGACUGAGACCUGGUACUGAUCCUAGCUAACAGGUCAUCAGACUGGGACCUGGUACUGAUCCUAGCUAACAGGUCAUCAGACUGAGACCUGGUCCUGAUCCUAGCUAACAGGUCAUCAGACCGAGACCUGGUCCUGAUCCUAGCUAACAGGUCAUCAGACUGAGAACAGGUCAUCAGACCGGGACCUGGUACUGAUCCUAGCUAACAGGUCAUCAGACCGGGACCUGGUACUGAUCCUAGCUAACAGGUCAUCAGACUGGGACCUGGUACUGAUCCUAGCUAACAGGUCAUCAGACUGGGACCUGGUACUGAUCCUAGCUAACAGGUCAUCAGACCGGGACCUGGUCUGCCUCGAGUAGCUCAGCUGUUUGAAGCGGACUUAAAAAACUUGUCCUCCCUUUUGGUCUGAAGUCCCCUCAAAGCCCCCCGAUCGUUGAACAACAUGCCACGACUCGUUUCUCGGCAGGAAAGACUCGUUUCCGUUCUUAGUUUUUGAUAGGCUGCAUGUGUUUUUAACUCCUGUAAGAUACGUACCGAAAUGUUGGGAAAGAGAGAACAAGCUUAAAUGUUUUUUUCAAAGCUGCGGAGGAGGAGGAGGGAAAACCAAAACGGCCGUGCGUCGUGUCCGAGCGGCUUCUUUACUGACGCGCUGCAAAAGACUUUUCUACCUGAAACGGACGACUUGUGAUGUGUUUGCAUGACGUGUGUGAUCUGAUCUCUUUGAUUUCUUUCUUCUUCUUCUUCUGCCUGUCGCUGUUUGCAUGUAGAUCAGCUUUUUAUGAAAGCUCUUUUUGUUUCUCUCAAAGCUCGAGUUUACCAGGCUGGUCUCAACGUUUAAUGAAAUGAGCGAAAUGUCUUGCAGAUGCAAACAAAUCUAUCCUGUGCAUGCAAGAGUAUGUGAUAGUAUUAACUGGUGAGCACUGACAAGAUCAUGUUGUGUGAGGUCGAAUAUUUGACUUUUUAUACUAUAAAAUAUGCAUGUUUAAUAGUUAGAACUCAUGAAAUAGCUUCUUUGAAUAUCCCUUAACGAGAGUUGUUUCUUUAGCUGUGCUAGUUUCAUAUUUUAAAGACGUGCAAUGGUGUCAGGGUCGUGUUCUUAUCAGAUAUAAUGUUCUAGAAAAUGUGUUUCAUGGUGACGAUUAGUAAUCUGAACAUAUUUACUCUUUAAUUUUUUGCAUUUCAAAAGUUUUGGCUCAUUUCAUGAAAUCGGGUGAGACCGUGUUGUUUACAUGUUAAUAAUGAUGAUAAAUAAAAACAUGAACAUUUCAAGCACGUGGAUGUUGCCAAUGAAUAUUUGAAACCUGAAUCAUUACUCCACUGAAACACUGUAACCCGUCACUCGCUCUGUAAUAUUUACUCUUCUUUUUCUCUGUGGGAGCUUCCUGCUGGUUUAGUUUCAGGCGGUGCUGAAAUGUCUUCUGUUGGUUUCAAAGGGACGGUUUUGUUUUUCGUUGGACUCGAUCUUAGAUUUUUACUCCUGUUUUCAUCUCUGCUGCAUCACUGAAACUUCAUACAUGGAAAACUGAGAAAUAAAAAGUUUGAAAGUUGUAAAAAA